CACCCAGCCUCUUCGUCUUCGCCGCCCCCUCAGUUCUCUCUCCCCGACGACGACGGCGGCAGGAGGGACGACGAUCGGCGACAUGAACUGAGCGUCGCGAGCCGGCGAAAGGUGCAGGUUUGAGCCAUGGAUCCGCUGGACUAUGUCUGCAUCCGGUUUCAUUUCAGAGGACAGUUUGAACAUGAUGGAACAGAGUGGCAGUAUGUGAAUGGAAGUCAAGGCCUUUCAACAGUCCAGCACCACAAAAUUAGCCUUGAAGAGCUGAAGAACAAACUUGUAGAGCAUGUGCCUUGUUCAGAUAAGCAACUGCAGGAAACAAAUUUACAUUGGAAGUUCCCUGGGAUGAUUAGAGAUGGCCAAAUGAAUAGUGCCCUGGUGAUGUUGCAUGAUAAAAAAUCUGUUCUGGAGAUGGCCAAACAUGUCACUGAUGCAGGGGUCAUGGACAUUUAUGCUAGCAUUCCUGAUGAUUUUGUAGCACAAGAAGCUAGUGACUGGGAGGAAGAAUAUGCAGCAGAUAUAGGGGAAGGUAAUUGUGAUGUUGAUUCAGGGGAGGAGGAGAUGCAUCAUCAAGUGCCAGAACAGGAGCAGCAACAAGUUUCAGAGGAUAAUGGACAACAGGAAAGACAGGAGAUGCAUCAAAUGGCAGAUAAUUUAGAGGAGCAAGAACACCAACCAGAUUGGCAGUGGUCAAACAAUUUCUAUCAGUCAGCCAGUAAUCUUAAGUUACCAGUUAACAGAGGUCCCAUACAAAAUCAUGACAGAGGAAAAUCAGUUCAAAAUGAGGAUAGUGGUAUUGAUAGUUCAACAUCUGAUAGUGACUAUGUUGUCCCUCCAGCAGAGAGUAAUAGUUCAGCAUCUGAUGAUGAAGUGUUGGAGUUGAGAAAAUAUGCAAAAGAGUUGAAGCAGAAAGUGAAAAAGAAGAUGCUGAGAGAAGAUGAGGGGAAAUCUUGCAAAGUGCCUGAUGAUUUUGUUGUGCCUGAAACAGGUAGGCUAGAUGAUUCAGAUGGAGAAGGCACACCCCAUUUUGAUAGUGAUGAUGAUUUGUCAUAUGAUGAGGGCAGUGAUGGAGAGGUCACUGAAGUGAGGAGGAGGAAGACAACACAUAGAGUGUUUGGUGGCACUAGUGAGAAACCUGAAUUUGCUGUUGGAAUGGCAUUCACUGACAGCAGGAAAUUCAAGCAGGCUUUGGUUAAAUAUGGGCUAGUUAAUUUCCACCACCUAAGAUUCCCUAAAGAUGAGAAGAAGAGGGUCAGUGCACAGUGCUCUUGGCCUGGAUGUCCUUGGAGCAUCUAUGGCUCAAUUAGCAGCAAGUCUGAUUGGCUGCAACAAUGAGCACACAUGCAUUCCUAGGAGGGACAACAAGCUGGUUACUAGCACAGUUAUUGCAAAAAAAUAUUUCAGGCAGAUUAGGGACAAUCCUACUUGGAGGGUGGAGAAAAUGCAAGAGGCAGUACUUGAGGAUUUGCUGGCUGAUGUGAAUCUCUCAAAGUGCAAAAGGGCUAAAAAGCUUGUCAUGGCAAAGCUCACUGAUAUAUGACCAUAGGUUUGCUGAACAUUCCAAUGGCCGCAUUGAGCAUGCAAAAAAUGCUUUUGAAUGCCUCUUAGUCACAGAUCAAGUCACACACCAUAUCUCGUUUUCUUUGGUAAUUGAAAAUAACUUAUUCUCAAUGUUCUUUUUCCGUUCUCAAAUUUUCAGCAAAGAGGGAAAAGUGGUGCUAUUGACCGAAGUCAGAAUAUUGCUAAACUAAUUCUUUGUGUAAGCUAUGCAGAGAAAAACAUGAAGUUGAUGAGCUGUGUACGUGAACAUGAAAGGAAGCCAAGGGAAUAUACUGUGUUCAGCAGUGACCUUCGAAAGUGCAUGUUGCUCCUUCAUAGACUUUCCUGAAAAGUUGCUAUUCAUUUUUUCUUUUGUUAGAGAAAAUAUCAUAGUGGGCACAGUUGCAGAAGCAGCAUUGCAAUGUUUUGUACAGUUUGACCAUGACUAUUCUUGUCAUGCAAUUAUGCGGUGUACUAAAUUAUGUAUCUACUUCACCUUGAAUUGAAUAAUUACCGUGGUUUCAUCUUUUGACUCAGAUAUGCGCAAGGAGUUCAAUAAUUACCGUGGUUGCAUUUUGGUGAUGAUAUAUUUUUUUCUCCAUAGCAAUGCAUG